UUGCCUGAGCUGAUUUUAAUUCAGACCCAAAGGUGGAAAAACCAGGAGCAGGGUCGUAUUUACUUCAACAUUUACAGCUUUGAGCCAUAAACAGGAUCAGACCAUAAGGGCCUCGUUCUGCUGGAACAUCCUGAGAUGCGUUGAAGGCUUUCUGUCCGACGCAAUGAAGGUUCCUCUACAGGUGCAGUGUUUUACAACAUAAAGAAAUGGUCAGGCCAAACUUAAAUCUGGCACCAUUUUUGCCUUUUUAUGCGUUCAACAGUUCAGGUUUUUUAUGUUUGAGUUUUUGCAGUCAAUCAGCAACAGUUUGGAUCAUUUAUGAUUCGUUACCAGAGUUUAAGGUCAACGUAAUAAAAGCUGGUUAAUCAAUGACAAUAGACUUCAUCGUGUUAGCUGAUGACAUAGUGUAGGACCUUACCGUUAUUCUGUUGUCCCCUUUGUUAAAAGACAAGUCACCGAGGGGGUGUGGAAGAGCCCCGAGGACCUCUCCAGCCAACCGCAGAAACGAGCCGAUGACCUGAGUCGUACCUCUGAUCUCGACAUCCUGAACAGUCCUCCUCUCAGCCUCACCGAUCUCAGCACCAGCGCCGGCCUGGCCAACUGGAUGCCCGUGUCUGCCGGCGACGCGGACACCUCGGGCCCCGAGCAGGACAUCCAGCCUACGAUGACCUUUAGAAAUCGAGUCCUCGAUGAGCUGCCGAGCCGGCGUCCUCCUGAUAAGUCUGUGUCCGCCGAAGUGCGACUGGCGGCCGAGCGGGACUGGGAGGAGAAGCGUGCCAGCUUGACCCAGUUCAGCGCCCAGGACAUCAAUCGCUUGCUGGAAGAGACUCAGGCAGAGCUGAUGAAAGCCAUCCCCGACCUUGACUUCGCUGCCAGGCACAUAAACAAGCCGGCGGUGCCCCCGAAGCCCCAGAUCACCAUCCCAAUAACGUCCGCCGCAGCUACCUCUGCAGCUGGGACCGCUGGGACCACAGCCACGACCUCCAUCACUACAAACACCACACCCAGCGGGGACCAGCAGCCUGGAAAGGUGCAGCUGGCUGCCCAGAAGCUGAACAGCAUGGAGGGGGCUGGUUCGCAUCGAGGCUCAGUGGACCUCAACGUGGCCAAGUAUCGAACAGAAAAGCCCUCCAAGUCUCCUCCUCCGCCUCCACCUCGCCGAAGCUUCCCCUCCGCUCACGGCCUCACCACAAACCGUACUGGAGAAGUCAUCGUCACCUCCAAGAACCUGAAG